AUGAUGCACGCAUUCGAUUUCACCAAAACAACCAACGAAGCGCUGUUAAAGCACGGCAUCCUCGAAGAUGUCAUUCAGGAAGCAGACUUCAAGCCCUGGGGUGUCCUUGCAGGUGAGUUUUCGUCGGAUUCCCCCAUCGCAAUGGGUAAUACUUUGAGUGCAAAAGACGCUCAAAGCAGGCCAACUGUUCAAUUCAAUUUGAACCCGGAGGAGGGAGCACCUCGAGUCAGCGACAAAGAUCUAUUCACUCUGGUCAUCACUGAUCCCGAUGCACCUUCUAGAAGCGAUCAUAAGUGGUCUGAAUUUUGUCAUUAUAUCGAAGCUGAUAUCAAAAUUUUGGAUCAAACAGCCACCGCAACGUCCGGAAAAGUUAGCGAGCCUCAGUUUGUGUGCUCGAAGUUGAACAGUGGAACUGAACUGGUUUCGUAUCACGGACCUGCUCCACCAAAAGGUACAGGUAAACACAGAUAUGUACUUCUACUCUACAAACAACCUGCUGGUGUUGUUAGCUCGAAAUUCACGGAAGUGAAGGAUAGACCCAAUUGGGGAUACGGUACUCCUGCAACUGGUGUUAAAAAAUGGGCCAGUGAAAAUAAUCUGAAGCCAAUUGCUGCGAACUUCUUCCUGGUGGAAAAUAAAUAA